CUAUAAAAAAAAUAGUCAUUUUAAGUUCUAAAUUCCAACAGAUAUCGUACACACCUCUCGUUUAAUAGGAACCGGAACCGGAACUGGAACCUUCCGAAAAUUCCCCAAGUUUGCAGUUAGGGCUUUUGUAUUGUAAUUGAAGACCACCGGAACCGGACUUUCCAACGUUGUUACUUUGCAUCAGCCAGUUGAGGCCUGCGAUCGCCGUAGGAUUGAACGAUUAUCGGGCAGAUACUAAAGGUUGGAAACUUGAGGUUACUUUCUGAACCAUUUCGACUAGCAUGGAAGAUCAGCACUCCAACGAAGGCGCCAGUUCCGGCAAUGUUGUUGGGGCCACUUCUGAUUCAAAUCUUGAGAUCAAUAUUAAGACUUUAGACUCACAGAUGUACAGUUUUCAAGUUGAUAAAAAUAUGCGAGUUUCACUGUUCAAGGAAAAAAUAGCUGAUCAAACAGGUGUACCAGUCGGUCAGCAGCGGCUGAUUUUCAGGGGAAGGGUGUUAAAAGAUGACCAUCCUCUUUCUGAGUAUCAUUUGGAAAAUGGGCACACAUUGCACUUAGUUAUUAGGCAGCCAUCCCAGCCACAACCUUCAUCGGGUACAAGUUCUGGCGAGGCACAUGUGAAUAGUGGAAAUGAUGCUAGUGGUGUUCCUCAUGGUCGCAUUGGCCAGAUAUCUCACAGUGUAGUUCUUGGGACAUUUAAUGUUGGAGAUCAAGGUGAAGGCGCUGUUCCUGAUCUUAGUCGGCUUAUUGGCGCGGUUCUGAAUUCUAUUGGAAUUGGCACCCAGGCUACAACUAAUGGCACAGGCAACCCACAGUUCACUACUUCGUCAAACACUCCUGGUCCGCCUCGUAAUGGAAAUGAAACAGAAGGGUCUCAUAAUGUCAACGGAGGAAGACAUCAAGCACAGUCUGGACAGGCAUUUCCUACUCAACCAUUCCGAACUUUUCCUCAAGCUGUGCAAACUCCUCUUGCAGCUGCAGCAUUUCCUAUGCCUUCAUUAAAUAUGCCAAUUCCACACUCUUUGGAUACACUCUCCGAGUUCAUGAAGAGAAUGGAGCAGGGAUUAUCGCAAAAUGGUUAUCAGCCAAAUACAUCUGCAACCAAUACAGGAGACCCAUCUAGGGUGAACUUACCUUCCACUGCACAGGGGAUGCCCACACCUGAGGCAUUGGGGAUUGUUCUUCGUCAUGUAGAGCGACUACUCAGCAAUCAUGCUGUUUCUGUGCUAUCUCACAUUGCAGGACGCUUGGAACAAGAUGGAGCGUCUCCUGAUCCAUCUGUGAGAGGUCAAAUUCAGACAGAAUCUAUACAAUUAGGACUUGCAAUGCAACAUUUAGGUUCUCUUCUUCUUGAGCUUGGCCGAACGAUUUGGACCCUUCGUAUGGGGCAGUCUCCAGGAGAAGCUGUUGUGAAUGCUGGGCCAGCAGUUUAUAUAUCCCCAUCAGGGCCUAAUCCUAUAAUGGUCCAGCCUUUCCCUCUUCAAACAAGCUCACUCUUUGGUGGUUCUGUACCUCAAUCAAACCCUGUGAGUUUUGGUCCUGUUGGGAUUGGAAGUGCUCCAAGGAAUGUAAACAUCCAUAUACAUGCUGUUGGUGCUAGGGGUAGUAAUGGGGAGGGUAUCCCAUCUGGUUCUAGGGAUUCAGGUGGCAGGGUGCUGCCAGUGAGAAAUGCAGUUGGUGCCACUAUUCCAUCCUCCCAAAUUGGUGUUUCAGUCUCCAAUGCGUCACAACCCAGUUCUGGUGUUUCGGUUUCACAGCAGCCUUCUGGCUCCUCGGUUUCCUCCAUUGUUGCUGAACUUAACUCACAUUUUAUAAAUUUUGUUGGCGAUACACAAGCUGAAGACACAGUUCAAUCAGGUCAGGAUGUGUCCACUGUUCAGAAUCCAUCUGUUGAACCACGUAAUUAUGCAGGAAGCGAACCUCCAAGUACUGGCUAUGUCGAUGUAGCUGGUGUGUCACUACCUGGUUGCACAUCUGAAAGUGACGGUCAGAAGGAUUCAGGAAGUGUUAGUACCUUGAAAAACGAUUCAAUAUUCCCGGUUGGAGGUUCUCUAAGCUCUUCAAGUGACCAAAACACCAUGGUGAGAGAAGAUGAGAGGGGAAAUGCUCCACAAUCCAGUGAGAAGCAAGCUGAGGAUGCGAAAUCUGUUCCACUUGGUUUAGGACUCGGAGUUUUGGAGCGUAAGAGACAAGCCAGGCAGCCAAAACUGCUGACCAAGAAUGGAGAUGGUGGAAUAACUAGUUCUCCCAUCAAUCAGAAUCAGCAAGUAAUAGGUGGCCAGCAAGUUUCACAGUCCCUUGCAUCUCGUAGUUCUGAUGUAAGUAGGAUGAAUUCAAGUGAUGUGCCAGCAAGACAAACAGUGCCUGCUGUUGGGCAGGUCAGAGAUGGUAGAACAUUGGGAGGGCAAGGUCUUGUUGGCCAAGUUGAUAUGGGAAGCAUGAUGUCUCAGGUUCUGCAGAGUCCAGCCCUGAAUGGUCUGUUGGCAGGUGUUUCAGACCAAACAGGAGCGGGUUCUCCCGAUAUAUUGAGGAAUAUGUUACAGAACUUUACACAGAAUCCACAGAUGAGGAAUGCUGUCAAUCAGAUUGCUGAACAGGUUGACAGCCAAGAUUUGGGAACCUUGUUUGGAGGAGGCCAAGGUGGUGGGAUUGAUAUGUCCAGGAUGUUCCAACAAAUGAUGCCCAUUGUAACUCGCGCUCUUGGGGCUGGAUUAAAUCCCGUCCGGCCAUCCUCUGCUUUGGUUCCUGAAUCUCGUCCACCCCACAAUGAGCGAGGUCUCAGUAGAGAUGAUAAUGUCCCUAAUUCUGAGAUUAAUCUCCAAGAAGUGGUUCAGAGGAUUGAAAACCUGAAUGCACCGGGAGAUGUUUUUCAUGCUCUAGUUGAAAAUUCAGUUCAGCUGUCUGGCGGAGGAAGUGGUCCUCAAGAACUUGUGGAUGAGUUGUGCAGGGACGAUCAUCUCUCCAGUGAAUAUGUUCAAAUAUUACGCAGGGACAUACGGCGACGGCUUGAGGGUGAUUCAGGGAAGGACAAGUGCUAAUACUGCCUUGCAGGCGGGCGGGUGGGUGUUGCUAUGGAUAGUAUAUGGCUUCCAACGGGGAGGAUCGUGGGUUUACUUGUGUUUUAGAGUUGUCAUUUGAAAUUUGUUUUACAGAUUGAUCAGAAUGUCGAUGUCCAAAUUGGGAUUGGGGGUUUGGUUUGAUCUGCCUGGGAUGUACCAUUUGGUUCGUUGUUGGAACCAACCAGUUUCAUAAAUUAUUAAUUGAUUUCUAUUGUAAACACAAAAAUCAGUUGUGAAUCUGAGUUAAUAGAUUAGCUGACGGCUUUUUUAGUUAAUGUCAGUAUUUGGUA